AGUGGUCAAGUCAGUGACGGCACCCAGGAGAGGAGAUAAAAAGGAAUCCUGACUGGAUCCGAGCUCUGCUUUGGGAGCAGCCCCGUGGAGUCUCAGGUUGGCUUCGGCUCCCUCUGCUGCUUUGAGGGGAGAGCGAGAAAGAGGGAGAAAAAGGCUUGAAAACUGCUGGGAAAAUGCCCCAAAACGUGGUCCUGCCAGGACCUGCGCCUUGGGGUUUCAGGCUGACUGGAGGCAUCGACUUUAACCAGCCAUUGCUCAUCUCCAGGAUUACUCCAGGAAGCAAAGCUUCACAAGCCAACCUAUGUCCUGGUGAUAUCAUUAUAGCUAUCGAUGGCUAUAGCACAGAGAACAUGACUCACAAUGAUGCACAGGAGAGAAUUAAAGCAGCUUCGCAUCAGUUGAGUUUGAAGAUUGAAAGAGGAGAAACAAAAUUGUGGUCUCCACAGAUAUCAGAAGAUGGGAAGCCACAUCCUUUCAAAAUAAACCUGGAAGCCGAACCACAGGAUAUGGGCUACUUUGAACACAAGCAUAAUAUUCGGCCCAAACCUUUUAUAGUCUCAGGCCCAAGCAGUGUAUGCAGUACUCCUUCUGGUUUUGAUGGCGGCAGCGGACGUAGCACCCCUUCGUCAGUUAGCACUGUUAGCACUAUUUGUCCUACUGAGUUGAAAGCGGCAGCUAAGAUGGCCCCCAACAUUCCCUUAGAAAUGGAACUUCCCGGUGUCAAGAUUGUACAUGCUCAGUUUAACACUCCCAUGCAAUUGUAUUCAGAUGACAAUAUUAUGGAAACACUGCAAGGGCAGGUUUCGACCGCAUUGGGGGAAGGAACCCCGCAAAGUGACCCAGUGCCAGCUGCAGUGCCGCAGUCUGAUGUUUACAGGAUGCUCCAUGACGACCAGCAAGGAGCUAGUCAGCCGCGCCAAUCUGGUUCCUUUAAAGUGCUCCAAGACAUGGUCUCUGAAGAGUCUGAUGGGAGGCCCGUUGGUACAAGGAGUGUCAGAGCACCAGUAACAAAGAUGUCUCCUGGUGGGGGAAGUGUACCCAAAGUGCCUUUGUGUGACAAGUGUGGAAAUGGAAUUGUCGGCCCAGUUGUCAAAGCACGAGAUAAAUACAGGCAUCCUGAAUGUUUCGUGUGCUCGGAUUGCAACCUGAACCUGAAGCAGAAAGGCUACUUCUUUGUGGAGGGGCAGCUAUACUGUGAAACCCACGCAAGGGCUCGCAUGAGGCCUCCGGAGGGAUACGAAGCCGUCACGGUUUAUCCCAAGGCUUAACUGUUUGGAGGUGCCAAUACCUGUAUGCGCACAUACAAGCGUUAUCAGCUUACACCAACAAUGCAACUGCCUGAAUCCAGCAUAAUUGCUCUUUUAAAAAUUGGAAGAAGGAUGGAAAAGUUGGGAAAGGAUAUUUCUUUGAGGCCAUGUUAGUGUGUGUAUAUAUGUAUGUGGAAGAGUUUUCAAAAAACAUUGCCGCCAUGCCUGCCACUGUAAUCUAACAGAAGAUAAUAUUAAACAGCUGAGUCCUUGUGUGUUUACUUAGAGCUUUCUGCAGUGAAAGAACCAUAGUUUGGUCCAGAUUUUCACAUUCAUUUUUGGUUAGGUAUCCCAUAAGAAGGGACACACGUAGAUGCACAAAGCUUUUGGUCCAAGAAGACAAAUUCCUUAAGCUUAAAGCAGAUACAUUAUAUAUGAGUUGUAUGAGUCUUUUUUUUAGUCCUGGUGCCUAUUUCUCAUAUAGUCUAAGAGUUUUUGCCCAUAUCUGCUCUCUUGCCUGCUGGGUUGCAGUGCAUUGCUAGGGUUGAUAUCACGCAACAAAAAAGCCAAGAUAUUGUACUUGAAGGCUUUCGCGGCCAGUAUUACUGAAGUGUUGUGUGUUUUCCAGGCUGUAUGUCCGUGUUAUAGCUGUUUAUUCUCCUGAUAUUUCACCUGCACCUCUCUGAAGAUGCCAGCCACAGAUGCAGGCAAAACGUCAGGAUAGAUCGACAAUUAAACAUCUAGAGAAAAUACUGCUAAAACACAGCCAUACAGCCUAGAAACCACACAACAGCCCCCCAAAAACCAACACAUGCUUGUAGCGUGUGCAGAUUGAAAUGACAUGAUUCAAAGCAUCAUUGCGCUUGGGUAACAGUGACAGCUCUGACUUGUGCACAUGUGCAUUAAAAGAUUCAAAGAGUAAAUUUGGAUCAGAAAGUAAAUUUGUAUAGAGUUAUAGUCCUGUAAGUAUAUUGAUAAAGUAUAUUGACCUGGUGGCGCAGUGGGUUAAACCGCUGAGUUGCUUAACUUGUUGACCGAAAAGUUGGUGGUUUGAAUCCGGGGAGAGAUGAGCUCUCGCUGUUAGCCCCAGUUUCUCUCAAUCUAGCAGUUUGAAAACGUGUGAAUGUGAGUAGAUCAAUAAGUACCACUCUGGCGGGAAGGUAACGGUGCUUCAUGCAGUCAUGCCGGCCAUAUAACCUUGGAGGCGUCUACAGACAAUGCUAGCUCUUUGGCUUAGAAAUUGAGAUAAGCACCAACCCCCAAUGUCAGACACAACUAGACUUAAUGUCAGGGAAAAACCUUUACUUUUAUCUAAUGACAGCUUUGACUGGUGCACAUGUUCAUUAAAAGGUUCAGAGAGUAAAUUUGGUUCAGAAAGCAAGUUUACAUAGAGUUUUAGUCCUAUAGGUAUAUUAAUAAGAGUACAUGUAACCUGGACUUAUGGGAAAUGGUUUUGUAGUUGUAUAUUACUAGAGAAAUACAUUUCUGCUGAAAUACAACACAAAAAAUAUCAUUUUGAUGCCACCUACUCUAAUGCGGUCACCUGGUGCAUUUUGCACCCCCUAGUGACACUUCUGCUGAGUUGUUCCACAUCACGUUGCUACAAAACUCAUGUCAUCUCAUAGAGACAUGAACAGAGGAAGCAAAGGAAGCACAAGUAGCAGCUGGAUCUAGGAGAUGAGCAAACACACAGAGGAAAGACCUACAUAUCAGCAUUUAUCAGGAUGGUAUACUAGAAACUGGUGAUAGAUUAAAAACAGAACUUACAUAUGAUAAGCAAUCUUUCUGUUCCAUGUAUCUUUAGCCUUCAACCAUCAAGCCACUGAAUUUUUUUUACAUCUGCUUUUAUAUGCUGCAGCCACACUUAUUAUCCUCUUUCCCAGUUUAUCCAAAGUACUGCCUUCACUCUACUACAUGUCUUACCAUGUCUCACCAUUGCUUAAAGGUGCUUUACGCCAUUAAACAAGGUUGAAUUGUGACAUUGUUACAUCUCAAGCCACACACGGGAACAUUUAUUAAUGGAAUUGUUCCUAACCUAAAGUACAAUAGGUUGUUUGUAUUUAUACUCAUUAUACUGUUUUGGGUAGGCUAAUAAAUACAUGAAAAUGCCUGA